ACUGCCUUACCUUACCUAAACCUCACUUCCCACUUCACCCCCCUCUCUUCUCUCUUCCCCGGCUGCACGUCACUUCUCCCCUUCUUUUUGUCUUCGUGUUGUUGAAGAGUCUCAGUGUAGUCCGAACUCAUCUUUAUCUCUGAUUUCGUUUUCUUCUAUUUUUCCCUUCUUACCCCAUAUCCAUCAUGUUCAAGCUCGCCCGCAGCAGCAGGCCCAUCGCGGCAGCUUUCAGAGCUGCGACGGGCCCUUCCAUCCCGUCUCGCCUGGGUCAGCAGCAGCGAAACCUAUCCAUCCACGAAUACCUGUCGGCAAACCUCCUCAAGUCGUAUGGCGUCGGUAUGCCCAAGGGAGAGGUCGCUCGCUCCGGCGAGGAAGCUGAGGCCAUUGCCAAGUCUAUCGGAAACGAUGAUAUGGUGAUCAAGGCCCAGGUUCUUGCUGGUGGUCGUGGCAAGGGUCACUUCGACAAUGGCCUGAAGGGUGGUGUGCGCGUCAUCUACUCGCCUACCGAAGCCAAGAUGUUCGCCGAGCAGAUGAUCGGCCACAAGCUCAUCACCAAGCAGACCGGCGCGGCUGGCCGUCUGUGCAACUCCGUCUACAUCUGCGAGCGCAAGUUCGCCCGCCGUGAAUUCUACCUUGCCAUCCUGAUGGACCGUGCAUCGCAAUCCCCCGUCAUCGUUGCCUCGUCGCAGGGCGGUAUGGACAUUGAGACGGUUGCCAAGGAGACCCCCGAGGCCAUCAUCACCACCCCCGUCGACAUCAACGUCGGCGUCACCGACGAGAUCACCACCAAGAUCGCCACCGACCUCGGUUUCUCCGAGCAGUGUAUCCCCGAGGCCAAGGAUACCAUCCAGAAGCUGUACAAGGUCUUCAUGGAGCGUGAUGCCACUCAGAUCGAGAUCAACCCUCUGUCGGAGACUUCGGACCACAAGGUCAUGGCCAUGGAUGCCAAGCUCGGCUUUGACGAGAACGCCGAGUUCCGCCAGAAGGAGGUGUUCUCGUGGAGGGACGUGACCCAGGAGGAUGCUGAUGAGGUCAAGGCUGCCGAGCAUGGCCUGAACUUCAUCAAGCUGGACGGUGACAUUGGAUGCUUGGUCAACGGUGCCGGUCUGGCCAUGGCCACCAUGGAUAUCAUCAAGCUCAACGGUGGUAGCCCCGCCAACUUCCUGGACGUCGGUGGCGGUGCCACCCCCGCGGCCAUCAAGUCGGCUUUCGACCUCAUCACCAGCGACCCCAAGGUCUCGGCGAUCUUCGUCAACAUCUUCGGCGGUAUCGUCCGCUGCGACGCCAUUGCCCAGGGUCUGAUCCACGUUGUGCAGGAGAUGGGUCUGAGCAUUCCCAUUGUCGCCCGUCUGCAGGGUACCAACAUGGAGCAAGCCCAGAAGCUGAUCAACGAGUCCGGCCUGAAGAUCUUCUCCAUCGACGACCUCCAGAGCGCCGCCGAGAAGUCCGUCCAGUUCUCCAAGGUCGUCAAGAUGGCCCGCGAGAUCGACGUGGGUGUGGAGUUCACCCUUGGAAUCUAGGCUUCGAGCUUUAUUCUAGUGUUUCCUACCCAGCGAUCCGUUACCGUGCCUCUUGCAUUGAACUUUUUAUACUGUUUUUUUUCUCUUCGCCAAUACUGAGAGGGCCAACAUGAUGGUCGGGAUGGAGUAGUUCGUGGGUCUAGCAGACCCCAUAGAUCCAUGAUACGAACAGUUCUGCUGUGCAGAGGAAUAAUUUGAUGAAGAGUGGAGAGUACUGGGUGGAGAGCGUUGAGUUGAAUCUGUACACUGUUGGAUGUGUCAAGAUAGCUGGAAUUAUUAUAGAGCAUUGAUUCUGUAUAUUGUUUUGCCAGGUGAUUCUUUCAUUUAUUUAUUUCCUUUCUCUUCCAACUUCCAAUGCAGGAUGCCAGACAGGAUAAUAAAAGCAUGUCAUUAU